AAGAAACAAAAUUAACCAGUAACAGUGAAAGAAAACAAUUUAAACUAAAUUAAGAAAAAGUGAACAACUUGGUUAAUCCAAAUUAAUUUUUCCACAAAAAGAAAAUUUUUUUUUCUAUUCUAAUUUUUGUUCUCGGUUACCAAUGGUUACGCUUAAGACAAAGACUCAAAGUAAAAGCUCUGAGGUUGUUUUGGUCAAGAGUUCACCUUUAAUUGGAGCAGCGACAACAAUUCCAUCUACAAUUAACAAUUCGUCGUUGAUUAAAUCACCAAUCAGCUCUUCAUCAUCUUCUACAACCACAACUACCACCACAUUAACCUCAGUUAAUUGUUCUAGUGUUAAAAGUAAAUCAAUCUGUUCACCAAUCGGUGGUACACCGGUCAAUCCAAUUAACGUUAAAAGGACUAAUUGUGUUUCUUCAUCUUCCGAGUUAAUUAAAUCGCCUAAUCAAUUUUGUGCCAUCUUGGAUGAUUUUGUUUCCAAAUUCUCUACUGAUUCAGGGCAGAAAUUAACAUGUCUUAAUUUGUCAUUUUGCUCUCUCAAAUCAAUUCCUAAUCAAAUAACUAAAUUCAAAUGUUUAAAAAAUCUUAAUUUAAGCUGCAACGAAUUGACAUCGAUCACAUUUCCAUCUUCAAAUGAUACAAUUGAAUCUUUGGCCUUAUCGUUUAAUCAAAUAGCCAUAAACGAAUCCACAUUACAGUUAAUUGCUUCCACUUUCACCCACUUGGUUAAACUUAAUCUUUCUUACAAUUCUAUUGGUGAUUCAAAUGAUUUACGAUUACGAAUUGAUUUCUCUUCGUUUAAAUUUCUUCGAGAGCUCAAUGUAUCUGGAAUCUAUUGGCGUAACUUGAGAGGGAUUAAGGGUAAUUCGAUCAUUGAACGUUUUUAUCUUCACAGUUCUGGAUUAAUGGGAUUACCAUCUUUCGUUGGUUUUGAUUUAUGUGUUUCUCUUGAUUUAUCCAAUAAUGAGAUUAACUUUGACCGUCGAACCAUUCAAAGGAUAGUUCGUUAUCUUCCUUCACUCAGAUACUUGGAUAUCUCUGGUAAUUUAGAUAAUUAUUAUCCUGAUUUUCGGUGGACUGAUAAAUGGUCAAAAGUUGAAAUGGUUAAAACUCGUUGUUCUAACGAUAUCAACCCUAGUCCAGUAAUAAUGGCGAUGUCGAACAAAUUUCUAAGCGAUUUAAGUUCCCUUACGGUGGUUGAAUUUAAUUCACCAUCAGGAGAUAAUCCAUUAGAUUGUCGUAAAGGUAUUUUAAUAGGACUGAUCACUGGUGAUCCAAAUGCUGGUCAACUUGCUUCCAAUUUGAAACGAAUCUUUGAAGCUGAAUUAAUGUGCCCAGAAACAUGGGGAUCUUACAUGAAGAAUACAAUAUUAUCUUGUUACAAAUUUCUGGAUGAAGAACGUAUAUUAAGAUUGGAGAAGAUUAAAAAUCAGAAAAAAGUAGAGGAAGAAAAUAAUGCUAAUGGAGAGAUCGAUGGUAAUCCUAAUGUUCAGCAAACUGAAGAAUCAAAGAAAGAUGAAAAAUCUACGAAAGAAAGUUCUAAUGAUUGUCAACAAUCAAACAGGAAUAGUCGAAAAGAAUUGGCUAAUAUUAACAUUAUAUUAUGUCAUCUUGUCGCUGAAUCGGAUAAUCUAGUUAAAUUACGAUUAUCUCAUUGUGGAUCAGAUGUUAAGAUCCGUCUGGUUAAAGUUUCACCUCCAAUGCCAACCAAUAAUGAUAAAGAAAAUCGUGAUACAUCAGCAAAUACAACAGCAACACCACCACCAUCAACAACACAAUCAACAUCAUCAUCAUCUACAGCAGUUGUAACAUCACCAUCAUCAUCAUCACCAGAAAAACAGUCUGACAAUUCAUCAAAUAAUCAAUUGCUAUCAGGGCAAGAAGCCAACAGUUAUACAAGUUGUACCCAACGGGAAGUUGAUUUGUUUGAAGCACAUUCAUUUACCAUAACUGAUCCCAUUUGCCAGGAAUUAGUCUUAACCAAUGACCAGGAAAUCGUUUUUCUUGGAAUUAACUUUAUGCUCAAUGAAGAUCGUCAGUUGAAUAAAAUUUUACAAAGUAAAGGAUUCACUCUUCAUGAUAAACUGAAAAGAUACACGGAAUUGGAAUCAAGUGCAAGAAAUACAGAUGAUGUAAUUUCUUUUGCAAUUCAACUUCCCCCUCGAAUCAAAACAUCAUCCAUCGAAUCAAAAACCGAUGGAUCAGCAACAUCCGUUUCUUCAAACUCCAUGGAAUUCACUGAGAAAUAUAAAAGUUGGGAAUGUAUCGUGACCCAGAAUCAAAAUUUCAAAUUCAAUCAACGAUUAAUUACCAUGCCUUUAACCAAGAAUCUGAUGGAUAUUACAAAUUGUCCAGAAAAGAAAGACACAACCUCAACAGCGACGAAAACUUAAAAAUCAAACUCAAUGUAAUUAGAAAAUUUCAUUCAAAAGGAUUGAUUAUGGAUGAGCAUUGAAUUUAUUUAAAUUAACUUUUGUCAGAGAUACAAAUACAUACAUAUAUAUAAAGUAAAUGAUAACUGUAAACGUUAUUUGUAAAAUAAUGUUACAGUUAACAAUGAUGAGUGAGUAUAAUAUUGGAUAAAUUACAUUUAUGGUGAAAGAAAAAAAUGAAUUGGAAUAAAUAUUUUCUGAUUAGUCGUAUCACCAAUCAAUCAGAAACUACAAAAUCAA